GUCACCGUGUGGCGGUUUUGAGCGAAGGUUGUUUACUUUGCAUUGCUAACUAUAACGACAUCAUACAGCCAGGAAAUACGACUCAACAUGCAGGUCGGUGAAGUAAGAGUAGCAGAAGAUGCUGACUUUAAGAGACUAAACACAUUGUGCGACGAAAAAGAUGGAUGGAAACAAGAAUAUAACAAAAAUAACACGUGUGUGUGGACUAAAAAUAAUGAUGUGUCUGACUGCAAGAUUAUCAAGGUACGGACGUUAUUCACCGACGUGAAAGCAGAGGUCCUAUACGAUGUAUUACAUGACCCCCACUACAGGAAGACCUGGGAUAUGUCCAUGCUGGAGGGCUACGAGAUCUGUGCUCUCAAUCCAAACAAUGAUAUAGGAUACUAUGCAAUGAAAUGUCCUUCCCCUCUGAAGAACCGAGACUUUGUAACUCAGCGUUCCUGGCUUGACCUAGGGUCAGAAUUCUAUAUCCUCAAUCAUUCUGUAAAUCAUGCAAGUGUUCCUGCCAGGAAGGGGUUCAUCCGAGGUGUAUCCCAUGUAACUGGCUUCCUUAUACGUAAACAGGACACUUUCACCUGCCAAUUGAACUACGUGUCACAUUCCGACCCCAAAGGAAAGCUGCCUGUGUGGGCGGUCAAUAAAGCUACACAGAUCCUGGCUCCAAAGGUAAUAAAUAGGAUCUACAAAGCAUGCAAAAACUACGAAGCAUGGAAGAGCAUGAAUAACCCGCGAAUGAAACCCUGGCUGUACCCUGAGCAAAUGUCCUUACCAAGACUUGACAUGACCCAGAUCAAGCCUGCCUCCGAGUUCACCUCCACAGAGUCCAUAGACGAAAGUUCUAUACAGGAGGACGAGAUCAACGAGGACGAUGUAUGAGGAUUGUGGAAUGUUAGAUCAGUCUAUUUAUUGUUACACCAACCUGUACAUAGCUAGAUCUCACAUUGAGGUCGUCACGGUAACACAAGGUCGUUAGGGUUACGCGUCAUCACGUUGAGAGGAGUGGUAGUGAGUGUGUAGUUUUAUUAAGUUUAUCUUGUAGAAAUGUAGUCUAGGAAUUUUAUCAUCUUUGUUUUAAAAGUGUUUAUCUGAUGUCAAAGUUUUAGUAUUUGGAUAUGAAAAUCACCUAAUGGAAAAUCAAUCUUAAAAAAUUGUACUGAAAUUUUCGUUUAUAAUUUGAAAAUUGAGUAAAAAAAAGGUUCGACCUUUAUUUUUUCCGCCACUACAUAUGUUAAACGUUAAUCUAGUGUGUAUCAAGUAGGAUAUGUUUGACCUACACCACUGCACUUCAUGACGUCUAUUUCAGGAAGUUAAAAAUGUUUAGUAGCUUGUCCCUGACUUGCUGAAAUGUGACGACAUUUUAGUGUAACAUGUGACAUCAUCAAACUGUCAUUUCAAUCAACGGUAGAACAUUUAUCGCCAAAACGUAGUCAGCAACGGAAAUCACCCCAUGGAGAUAAUCAAUAGGUUUGCUGUGGAGGUUUUGCAGACUGCUUUGAUUUCACGACAUACCUUUGAUAUUAUUUGUUUCUGUUUUUUCCAAAGAUGUCCUUAUUUGAAUUGUUCAACAUCUAAAAAAUCUACAUUAUUGUUGCACUUGCAGUAUCAGUGUGACCUUUUACAAAAAUCACGGUAGGCCUCGGUUUUGACUCCAAAUUCCAAAAUUCUGCAUCUUUGGGAGAAGUUCCACAUCUCCAUAACUACACCUGAAACUAUUAAUAGGUCAUGAAAAAUGUCAUAAUAUACAAUAUAUACAAACAUUGUAACAGAUGUACAUACAUUGUUUAUACACUACUAAUGCCAUGUACCUAAAUACAUUGUUUAUGUACAUACAUACAUUGUUUAUGUACCUACAUACAUUGUUUAUGUACCUACGUACAUUGUUUAUACAAUAUUAAUGCCAUGUUCUUGUACAUUCAUUGUUUAUAUACCUAAAUACACUGUUUAUGUAUAUACAUACAUUGUUUAUGAUGUACCUACAUACAUUCUUCUUUAUACAAGGACAUACAUACAUUGCUUAUAUACCUAAAUACAUUGUUUAUGUACAUGCAUACAUUCUUCUUUAUACAUGGACAUA